AGAAGAAAACGACGAUCUUCACCAGCUGUAAUGAAUGGAGGGAACAGAGGCUCAACUUCACGCUCACCGCUAGCCUCAUACAGCCAAACAAAUCGAAGAUUCAACAACAUCAACAACUACUUCCUGGAAGACAUCAAUUAUGUCAAUCUAUCGUCUCCAACAUCAUGGAAGAUGAAGGGCAAGGUGAAGCACCAAGAUCAUGACGAUGUCUUCCUAGUACAGGAUGAUGAUAUGCGACUGAGUCCGUACCUACAACAGCAUGAGGAGGAUGGAAGCAGAGCAAGAGAGGAUCCAUAUCUUCGCGGUGGUGGACGAGGUGGCGCAAGAACUCCAACAGCUGCUGCUGUUCCGAAAACUCCGAAAACAUCAAGGAAACCUUCAAAGACACCUGCGACCUUAAACAAAGCUUCUUCCAUGUUAAAUCCGCCUUCGCCGAGAGGAAGUAGUAAGUCCUCAAUCGCAUCGCCCACUCUAUCAUCAUCUUCUCUAUCUUCAUCUGUCUCUUCCUCCUCUUCGUGGACAAGAACGACACCGAGCCCAAACAGUUCGCCCACGACAUCAAAUACUAGCAAAGCCUUGUGGCACCGUCUAACCGGCACUAGACGCUACAAGGAUACUUUCUCAACGUCCACGUCGCUUCUUUAUUGCUUCCAAAAACAGGUGCGGAAUAGUGAUAGUUCAGCUGUGUGGUCCUCGUCUUCGGAGGCGAGUGACAGUACAAGAACUGAAAAUCUAAACCAGCAUGCUAGUACGAGCACAAAUACUGGCACCAUCUUCGCACCUUCAUGUAGCUCGUCAAGGUCUACUUUAGUAUCGACGUCAAGGAGUCCCACAAAUAAUCGUCAUGGCGGUGCUGCUUUUGGUGCACAAAAACCAUUGACGCCUACCUCUUCUUCAACCUGCUUUAAUACUACAUCGAGUGGUACGGGUAGCACUAGAACGCAAGGGUCUUCUACUUCAAGGGGCCUCACGAGCAGUCAGGCAGUGACACUAGACAGCGCUGGCGCAUUACCUUUCUGCACCGAAUUCCGCAAAGAGCGUGGGGGAAGUAUGUCAUCGUCUACAUCGGUCGAACAACAUCAAGUUGCGCAAACCAAGAGGAGUAUGAAGGCACAGCACAAACACGCGACGACCACCACAAUUCUUGAUGAAGGCUCCUCAACGCGUGAAGCUACUGAAAGCAUGACUGUCGACACCCCGACUCCUAGAAGUGAAAGCGGCACGCCAACAUCGCUAGUGAGUGGGUUCUCGCACUCGGCGACGACGGAUAAAAGUAUUGGGCUUGAUUUCCUACUCACAGAAGAAGAGUAUGACUAUGAAAGGACACACAACACCACAUCCUUUACACAGUACAUGAUGUCUACACUCUUGAAUUAUAGGGAAAAAUGAAGGUACUAGUUGUGAGACCAUUCUGAUUCGGAAUUAGCUGAAAAUGAACAUGAAGUGUUGACAGAGAUAUGAUUUUUCUCAUCGCAAUAAUUAACUUUGUCAAAGUGAAAAAUUAUAAAUAACAUAAGGAUCAUUACAUCAAAUGGACAUUCUUGAUAUGUUGACUGCUGCUACUCUAAAGUUGUAUUUCGCAGUGGAGGAUCAAUAUGAAUGUGAUUUCGUCCAUCUACUACGACGUAAUCGUAUUCGUAAUUGCACAACGCAGCCAAUCGUCGAUAUUCCCUUCGAUACUAGAAGGAGAUGUAGUCUUAGGUACUACCACUUCUAUUAGUGUAAACAAAGAUUGUGUUUCUUGUACGAUUUUAACGGCGCGGAUGACUUUUCUACAGAAGUCUAUCAGCUGAAAAACUCAGCAUAAAGAUCUGUGUUUUAUUCACUACGAUUUUAGGUUUGCUUAUCACUUGUUAACAGGAUUUUUAUUUGCAUGCUCCAGCGGAUGCGGAAAUGAGACAUCGGCAUGAAGAAGAUGAAUGCUAUCGAAAGGACAAGAAAUGAUUCUACCAACAAUUUACUAUUUGACACCCCAGCACCGUUGACACCCCAGCACCGGGGGGGCAGGCGGAAUGUAACCGUCUACAACCACUUCUUUGAUUACAACAGGAAAAAUAUGCGAACAACAACUUCUCUUUCGACAACUUCAGCACGAUGAACCAAGAAAACCAAAAACCAAUCUCACCCAAGAAACUCAAGAAAAGUAACUGGUAAAAACGUAUAGGCAAGUGGCAUCAAGAACGCACAUCAAAUCUUCGCCAAAGGUCUGAUGUGCUUGUUUCUCGCAAACGCCUAUCGGAUGAUCUGGCUAUUUACAUUACGCAUGAAGACCAUUAAAUAGAAAACAAGAAAACUUCUACAAUCGCUAGAACGAAAUGUAUUUCCACACAAGUUCUUACUAACUCGACAUCAAGAAGACUACUUGGGUAAAAAUCAAGCCAUGUCGACGAACCACUCCCGAUGAUAGUUAUUCCCCUUACUAGUUCUUUAAGUUCUUGUUCAGAUCAAAUAAGAACAACUACAAGAAGAUCAUUUCUCACCUGUGUGAUUUCAAUUUUUUAGUUCGAUAGUUCUAGUUGUCUGGCAGCUUUGGGCUUCCUCUCAUCCGUUCAUCCACGUUAGAAAAGUGGAGCAUGGUGAGCGAGGAUGCCAGUAGGUGUCCUGGUACUAGAACCAGUCUUUUAAAGGACGAGCAGGUGGAUGAUAAUGUAUGUCCGGAUGAAUGAAUGAAUGAACCAGCUAAACCCCCUCGAACUUGAUCGUAUAACUGUUUUGGAUUGGUAUGCCAGUAGGUGCAGGUCUGUUCGUGUGUAGUGAGUAGUUUUCAUGCCAUGCUGGCGAUGUCACCAUGUUGAUUGAAGAUACCACUGUCUCGUAGUCACGUCAGGGCAGAACGUCAGGGUCACUUCUCAAACUCAGGGGGGACAUGAUGAACAAGAGUAAGAGGGCGAGGGGAGAAAUAGAGGAAGAAGCAAUUUUUAUAGGAGAUCCAUUCUUGUAGUUCAUCAUCUUUCAAGAGGAGUAUUGACGGAUAAAGAGGAGCAGGAGGAGGCGAACAAGAAAAAUCUGAAUACGGCAUUGGGGUCAGCACAGGCACAAGCGUUCCAAGAAAAUGAUUGAGAUUUGUUACUACAAGAAGUUUAUAUCGUUAUCGACCACACAACAUCGCUCGUCCUGGGGAAUCAAAAAUAUCCAUCCAAUAUGCUGUGAAGCUCACUACGUUAGAGUCUACUCUGUAAAU